UAUGACUACGUAAUACAAGGACAGACACAAGCUCUGGUUAUGUUUCUGAUCAACGUGAAAUGUUCACCUCACUGAAUACACCCUUGCAGGUGGACUUUGACCUUGGCGUUUCCAAGCAGGAAGUCAAGUAUUUGUCUUUUUUUUUUUUGUACCUGCCGAUUGUGUUGGAAGCUUGUCUUGGAAUAUGUAUGCCACUAUUGGAUUAUAAGAGGCUUGCUCAUGGAACCGUGAACCCAAGAGGACACAGGCUACAUUCAUAGUGUCAGCUACUGUGGUGGUACCUGGCAAGGUGAGCUGGGACUAAGCCUACCUUUUUUCUUAGAUUGGUGACGUCACGAUUCAAAAAAGAAAUAAAAAAUGUUCAGGAAUAAUAGCGUGCCGUUUCCCUCUCAACCAAGAGGGUUCCCUCAGGUGGAUCCCCCCUCUCAGAGGUCCAGUAUGACCAGACCCAGUGCCAAGUCCAUAUACAUGCAAAGGAAGGAGUAUUCUGAAACGAUGAACAACCAACCUGACAACUUUCAGUACAGGGUGGAGCACCUGUUUACAUGUGAGUUGGACGGCCAGGAGGUGCGCAACUUGGAUGACUGUGUGACCAGGCUGCAGAGGCUGGAGGCUAAGGGCCGUGUCUGGGGGCAGGAGGUGAUCCUGGAGGUCCAGGGAGGAUACCUUCAGCUCAACGACAUCGAGACCAAGGCAGAGCUGGAGUAUGUGCCUCUGGGAAGUGUAGUUCAGACCAAGGCUGUGUUGGACACCUGUGCCUACAACUCCCUGCUCACUGUUUUGGUCCAGGAACGCAACAGACGCAUCCCUCAAGUCUUUAUGUUCCAGUGUGAGGAGGUCGGGGCAGAGCAUAUCAGAGAAGACCUGGACAAGGCUGUCCAACACAACGCUAAUGCUCCUCCUCCUGAACCUCGCAGAGAACCAAGCAGACACAAGAGUAAUCUGGAGAACAUCAUCGGUCAACAGGCGAAUGGGAAUGGCUUCUGGCCCAUUGGUCCUGCUCCUCCCAUGAUGCUGCAGGAGAGGACCCCUCCUCCCCCUGACCGCACCGCCCCGGUGUACAACAACAGAAACGGCAGGGACUAUGAGAGCUUCCCUCCCCCUCCAGUCUACAACCCACUACAGGAGCCCCUGCACAGUCCGGAGGUAUACGGAGGGUCACAGCAGUACGGAGCUAGACACCAAGAUCCUCGCCAACCCCAGCCUCAAUACACUGACACAGAGAGGAAUGUGGAAAUUUUAAACCAUGUGCUGAACGACGUGGAGCUCUUCAUGGGGAAAGUAGCUGCUCCUAAUGAAGAGAAGAACAACAAGAAGAAAAAGAAGAAGAAAAGCUCAAAGCCAAACGCUGACAACUUGCCACGUUGGGAGGAGUUUGUUGUCUGUCUUCAGAAAAUCAAGUAUGGAUUCAACCUGCUGGGAAAGCUGAAUGGAGAGAUCCAGAACCCUAGCGCUGCUGACUUUGUCCACAUUCUCUUCUCCACUCUGGGCAUGUUGAUGUGCCACUACCACCCUGACCUGCCCCCCUCUGUCCUGACCCCCCUGCUAACAGAGCCAGCACUCAUCUUGCUUAGCCAGGUGGUCACCCCAGAGGAGGACCAGAAAUGGAGGGCCCUGGGAGACUCCUGGAACAUCCCCAGGUCCAAAUGGCCAGACGGUCACAUGAUCCCGCACUACAACCCAGAGUUCUAUGAUGGUUGGCAGCCGCCACAGCCUGUCCCACCGGCAGCCAAUCAGGGCCUGAGCAGGAGCAGCCAGCACAUCCCCCUGAGAAAGGAAAUGAUGCAACAGAUGCCUGAUGAGGGCAGGCAGUUGAGCAGGAGCAACAGCCAAUACAUGCAACGGCCUGAGGAGCCCAUGAUGAACUCUCCACCAUCUUUACGCCCGAGUGAGCUGGCCCCAGUGAGGAUGCGUGUGAUCUAUGACUUUAUGGCCAGGAACCCCCAGGAGCUGAGCAUUAUGAAGGGAGAGGUUGUCCAGGUCGUAGACAAGUCGGGGCAGUGGUGGAGGAUCCGUAAUGAACGUGGCGAGGAGGGUCACGUUGCUAAGAACGUUCUAGAGCCUCUGGAUGGAGGGAGACCCUGGGAUGAGGGCCAGGAGGUGCGCUCCCCUCCACCCCUCAACAUGCAGUCCAGACCUGCAGAGGUGAAAGCCUGGCUGGAAUACAAGGCCUUCUCCAAAAUAACGGUUCGUAGCCUGAGCGUGCUGAACGGAGCCCUGCUACUGGGGAUGUCCAAAGAUGAGAUGAGGACGGUGUGUCCAGAGGAAGGAGGAAGAGUCUUCUUCCAGCUGCAGGCCAUCAAGUCCUCCAUAGCCCUUGCCAGUGAGUCCAAUGGAUAUGGCCCUUAUAACGGUCGUUAGGCUGACUCGUCACAAGUAACAACCAAGAGCCGACUGAGAAGAAUAACUCAACUAUUUAACCUUUCAUUUAAUCAUAUAUUUUUUUGUCUAUUCAUAGACGGGUUGGUUGUUUAGCAACAAAGCCGAUGUGUGAGUAACUAUGUGUCAAAACACAGAUUGGUUUUGACUGUUGACAACAUGUAAACUGUAUUAUUUCUCUAAAUGUUUUAUUGAUUAUACAUAAAUAAAUUUGCACAAUCAGCACUUUAUUGUUUAUCUUUGAACUUCCAAGAUCAUUGCAGACAUCUGAGCGCUCCCCUUUCUUUUGCUGGGGUAGUCACCGGGUAAUCACCGGGUAGUCACCAUGUGAGUCACCGGGUAGUCACCGUGUAGUCACCGUGUGAGUCACCGUGUGGUGAGUCACUGUGUGGUGGUUCCUCAGUUAUGAGGCUUGCAUCUAAUUAUUGUAUAAAAUAAAUGAGUAAAAAUGAAACUAUUUGUGAAAUGAUGUAAUGUGAUAUUUAGUCUUCUAAAUGAGAGAAUUGUUUUCAUAAGUAAACUGGUGCUCACUCAGCAGCCACGCCCAAGUGAAUAGACAUUGGUUGGAAAUGAUGAACCAACCCCUUUUCUACAUUUCUAUAAAAGCCCUGUGACAAAAACUCACCAUAGUUCCAAAAAACGGGAGGACUUGUCCUCCAAGUUGAAAAGGGCUAAUUUCAACUAUACAGGCCAGGAAACGAGAGCUUGCUCCACACGUGAAAUGGUAUGAACUCUGAACUAUUGAUCACCUAAAGAAGAAGUGCAUACUAAACUAGCGUAUAUCAGACUGCAGCUGAACAUAUGCGCAAAUCUAGUACGAGAACACUGACCGACGCGGACGAAUCUCCAGAGUGAGGUUAACCUUUUGGACCACGUGAACCUCUCACACGACAACCCAGAAGAAUCUACAAAGGACAACGGCGACAUUGACUGGGCGCUCCAGAGCCUCACAUCACCAGCUCAACUAUCAAAGCCAGCUUCACGUAAAUGCAAUGCAUUCCUUUUCUGAAUGAGCGAUCGUUAGUGGCAUAUGUAUUUAUGUGAGAAUAGCUUCUCAGGUCCAAUAGAGACCCAUGGUCCUUAGAUUUCUUCCAAAACCCCUUUCUCUUCUCUCUGAAUCUAUUGUGUUAUAACUAAGCUGCUUUUGUUUAGUCCACUAGGGACGGUAUUUACUGUAUAAUGUGUGUUGUAUAUGUGUUGUAUAUUCUGUAAUUGUUUAAUUAGUUAGUAAAUAAAUAAUUGAGGCAAUUGGUGUAUGGAUGA